AAAAGAAACCUGUAACGUUAACUCAUUUUCAUUUUGAUAGAAACACAGCAGAAAGAAAAGGGAAGAGCAUCGCACAGAAAAUAACGCGCACAAUCUCACUGGACGAGACACCUUUUCAUUUCUCAUUCGCCAUUGUAUACCCAAAUCUCAUCUCUUUCUCUAUCUAUCUCUUUAGGGUUUCAUAAUCUUCUUCAUAUCAACACAACUCGUAUUUAUUAAACCGUAUUCCGAAUUCUCAGUUCUUCGUACAAUCGCAAUUCCUCUCCAUUCCGAAUCCCUAAAAUCCUUUUCUUCUCUCACGCCAUAACUUCGGUUUUACGGUUUGCGAAAUGCCCGAAGCAUAGAACAUGAGGGGUUUGAAGUUUGAAUAUGCAUAGAAGGAACAAGGAAGGGUGUUAAUUUUUGAGACAAGGAAAUGGAUUCUGCGCGGAGUUGGCUUCAGAAGUUGCAGCCUCGUGAUAAAACAAAGGCGAAGAAGAGGGACGGAGAUGGUAAUAAUAAUGGAAAUGGAGAUUUGACUUCACCUGUGGAUGAAGCAGCUCUUUCUGAUGUCACCAAACAGAAGGUUGCAGCGGCAAAGCAAUAUAUUGAAAAUCAUUACAAGGAGCAAAUGAAGAACCUUCAGGAGAGGAAGGAGCGUCGGACAGUCUUGGAAAAGAAGUUGGCUGAUGCCGAUGUGUCUGAGGAGGAUCAAAACAACUUACUUAAAUUUUUAGAGAAAAAGGAAACUGAAUAUAUGCGCCUUCAGAGGGCCAAGAUGGGUGUUGAUGAUUUUGAGUUAUUGACUAUGAUUGGAAAAGGUGCAUUUGGCGAGGUUAGAGUCUGCAGAGAGAAGACUACUGAUCAUGUAUUCGCAAUGAAAAAGCUAAAGAAAUCAGAGAUGCUUCGCAGAGGCCAGGUUGAACAUGUCAAAGCGGAAAGGAAUGUCCUCGCAGAGGUCGACAGCAAUUGCAUUGUCAAACUUUAUUGUUCUUUCCAAGAUGAUGAGUAUCUUUAUCUUAUUAUGGAGUAUCUACCGGGUGGAGACGUGAUGACUCUACUUAUGAGAAAGGAUAUAUUGACUGAAGACGAAGCCAGAUUUUAUGUUGGAGAAACUGUUCUGGCUAUUGAAUCUAUACACAAACACAAUUAUAUACAUAGGGAUAUCAAGCCUGACAACUUAUUGCUUGAUAGAUAUGGGCACUUGAGACUGUCUGACUUUGGACUUUGUAAACCAUUAGAUUGUAGUACGCUUGAAGAAAAGGAUUUUUCUACGGGUCAGAAUGUGAAUGGGUCUACACAGAAUGAGGAGCACUCUGCUCCAAAACGCACACAACAAGAACAACUUCAAAACUGGCAAAAGAACAGGAGGACACUUGCUUAUUCUACUGUUGGUACACCGGAUUAUAUUGCCCCAGAAGUUCUUUUGAAGAAAGGGUAUGCGAUGGAAUGUGAUUGGUGGUCACUUGGCGCUAUCAUGUAUGAAAUGUUGGUGGGAUAUCCUCCUUUUUAUUCUGAUGAUCCAAUGACAACAUGCAGGAAGAUAGUGAACUGGAAAUCUCACUUGAAAUUUCCCGAGGAAGCUGGGUUAUCGCCAGAGGCUAAAGAUCUUAUUAGUAGACUUUUAUGUAAUGUCAACCAUAGGCUGGGAUCAAAAGGUGCAGAUGAAAUAAAGACUCAUCGGUUCUUCAAAGGUGUUGAAUGGGAUAAACUAUAUCAAAUUGAAGCUGCAUUUAUACCCGAGGUCAAUGAUGAAUUAGAUACUCAGAAUUUUGAAAAGUUUGAUGAGUCUGACAGCCAAGUCCGACCAUCCUCAAAAGCUGGUCCAUGGAGGAAGAUGCUUUCAUCUAAGGACUUAAAUUUUGUUGGAUACACAUACAAGAACUUUGAAAUUGUAAACGAUUAUCAAGUUCCUGGGAUGGUUGAACUGAAGAAGAAACCCUCCAAAUCAAAGAGGCCAUCUAUUAAGUCGCUUUUUGAUUCCGAUUCAGAGACAACUGAGGUUUCUGAUAAGUCUCCGAGUGAUCGGCCUGCUCAAGGAAGCUUUUUAAACCUCUUGCCACCCAGGUUAGGGGCAUCUCAUAGUGAGAGGAAUCUUUCUCAUAAAUCCUAACAAGGCAAUCUCUAAUCUACCCAGUCAAACAGUGUAGGUAUCAUAACUCAUGCAUUCCAUGUUUGGAUUUGUUAUCUCGGUCGCUAAUUAAUGGUUAUGAGAAAAGGUAUGAAGAAAGUGCUGUGUCUUGAGUCAUGUAAUUAACCUCAAGCUUGCUUGAAAGAGUAUUUUCUGUCAAGCACAAAUAUUGAAUUGUAAAUCUCGUACUGUUCAUUGUCAAAUAUGUUACACACUGUAAACAGAUAUUUGAUCUCAAUGAAUUCUGGAUAUACUAUUA